AUGAGCUGCUUCGAGGAGGAGGGCAGCUGGAGCCUGUCCUUCAGCGGCUCCGGCUUCCUGGGCCUCUACCACGUGGGCGCGACCCACUGCCUGCGGGAGCGCGCCCCGCGCCUCCUCCAGGGCGCCCGCCGCUUCUAUGGCUCGUCGUCCGGGGCUCUCAGUGCCCUCUGCAUCAUCUUGGGCUUGCCAGUCGACGCCUGCUGUUCCUACCUUCUGGACAUGGUCAAGGGGACAGAGCGGCUGAGCCUGGGCGUCUUCCACCCUGCCUUUGCACCCAUUGAGUAUAUCAGGCAGAAGCUGGAACACAUUGUUCCCGACAACAUCCACAUCCUGGCCUCUCAGCGGCUGGGCAUCUCCAUCACCCGCUGGCCUGAUGGACACAAUUUUAUUGUCACGGACUUUGCCAGCCGGGAGGAGGUCAUCCAGGCCUUGAUCUGUUCCCUGUACUUUCCUUUCUACUGCGGGAUGAUCCCCCCCGAGUUCAGAGGGGAGCGCUACAUCGACGGGGCGCUGAGCAACAACUUGCCCUUCGCGGAUUGCCCCUCCACCAUCACUGUGUCGGCCUUCCCUGGGACAGUGGACAUCUGCCCCCAGAGCUCCUCCGCCAGCAUUUUCGAGCUGAACGCCUUCAAUGCCAGCUUCCAGAUCUCCACCCUGAACUUAUUCCUGGGCAUCACCAGCCUCCUAACCCCCGGCCGUGAGGUAGUGGCCCACUACUGCAGACAAGGCUACCUGGACACUCUGAGGUUCCUGGAGAGACGCGGACUCACCAAGGAACCGGUGCUGUGGACGUUGGUGUCUAAGGAGCCUCCAGCCCCAGCUGACAGGACCUGGGACACUGGUCCUGACAGAGGCCAGGAGGUGGGCCUGUCACUCAACUGGGCAGUGCCCAACGUGCUGGUCAAGGACGUGCCCAACUUCGAGCAGCUCUCGCCACAGCUGGAGGCUGUGCUGAAGAGCGCAUGCAAGAGGGACCCCCGGCCCUGGGCCCGCUUCUGCUUGUCGUGGCCCGGGCGGGCGCUGACGUACCUGCUGCUGCCCUGCACGCUGCCCUUCGAGUACGCCUACUUCCAGAGCAGAAGGCUGGUGAUGUGGCUGCCCGACAUGCCAGCCGACUUGUGGUGGAUGCAGGGCGUGCUGAAGAGCAUGACCCUGGGGGCCUACUCCAGGACGAAGGACAAGUUCCUCGGGCUGGUCAAGCCUGCCGGCCACUGGCCUCCUCCAGCCUGA